AUGCCGCGCCCAGCGCUUCCCCCGACACCAGCCUCCUCCACCGACAUUGAGGGCAAGGACGGCACAAAAAAGCUGGCGUCUCUCCAGCUGGCAUUUGAGCUGCCUCCCCCCGCCAUCGCUCGUGACCCCUCUAGCAUCUCCCCCACCGACAUGAGGACUUCGCCACCCAGUUUACCGUCUGUUUCGUCUGGCCGGGCUUCCUAUCCUAUGCAGGUCGCCGAGGCCGUCAAGUCGCGGCGCCGUGCAUCCUCGACAGCUCAGAAACCCGCCGCCAAGGAGGCCUUCACACUACCCCCACCACCCACUAGGUCACGAAAGAUCAUCCAGAUGAAACCGAAGCAGGAGGAGCCCGAAGAGGAUUCACCGUCCGCCAAAAACUCCACAGCUUCCAAGGCUGCAGCAUCAAAUGGGACUGCGGCGGCAGCGUCGAAGAAGAAGCAGCCGUCUGCGACGAGCGCAGCCGGGCGGAAGAUUGCGAGAAAGACAGCACACAGUCUGAUCGAGCGCCGUCGGAGGUCCAAGAUGAAUGAGGAGUUUGCCGUGUUGAAGGGCAUGAUCCCGGCGUGUACGGGCGAGAUGCACAAGUUGGCCAUUCUCCAGGCUUCCAUUGAGUAUGUCAGAUAUCUCGAGGACUGUGUGUCCAAGCUCAAGGAGCAACGAGAGGCGCCCGAUAUGCAGACGCCUACCGAAGGUGGCCGUGACUUGUGGGCAUCCAUCCCCCAAUUUGCCCCAACGUACCGUGAGGACCCUUCUGGCGAUAUUGAAAUGACCGGCUCCGAAGCCGCAUCGCCUCCAUUUGCUGCCCAGCCGUCCCACUCACAUCAGCCGUCCGUGUCGCCUGCCCUGCUAGCCGAAGACGCGAGGAACCGAAACCACUCGUACUCGUCGACGUCUACCGACCACAGGCACUACAGCUACAGCGCCUCUUCGGCCACCACAUCACCGGCGUUCGGCCCCCAAAUAUAUGACUACGGUCGCGCGGGUGGACCCUCGCAGCCACCAUCGGCGCUGACGAGCCCCGCCCUUGCGCCGCAAAGGGAGCACCGCGAUCUGGAUCAGGAGGCGACGGCAGCCCUGCUCAUGCUUAACAGCGACCGCCGGGGCACUAUCGGAAGCGGACAUGGUCGCAGCAGCGUGACGGAAAGCCAGGGCACGGGGCGUGGCAUGUCGGUGCGGGACCUCCUCAGCGCAUGAAUGGGGGCCGUCUUCUGGUGUUGGCCAUCUCAACAACGAACGAUCUCAUCUUUCCUCACGUUUUGUGAGGGUGCUGUGUCAGGAAAAACGUUGGGCGGCUGGCUUCCUGUCUUAUGAAUGGCGUCGGCGUUUGUGUUUUGAUUUUCGUUUCCUCGACGAGGUUGGUUUCGGCGUCUCGCAUGGUUUGCUUCGUGUUGGGGCAAUGGUCUGUCUGACAAGCAAAGGGUCGACAAAGGGGGGUCUAGAACAUGAUCGAAGAGGUCCAUUUGGCAAUCACUGCCAUGCCUGUCGGGUCUCUCGUCUGUACCCCAUUGGAGCAGCGCAUCCGGCACGCUGUCCUGACUCGGCUUGCGGCAGGCAGGUGGCAAGUGGCAUAAGGCUUCGACUGUCUGUGCAGCACGGCGUUAUAAGGAUAUGGGGAUGUUUAUUUCUUUGGGUUUCAAAAGAGGGCGCCGACCUGUCACGAAUGAAGGGUUUCUCAUGGCGAGAUACAUGAAGUUUACUACCUUAAUACGACCCGUUCAACCGGUCUGUCGCAGUGUUCCCAUUUCAGAAGAACAGUGCUGGAAUAUACAAACUUACGAUGGC